AUGCGUAAAGUCUGUGCCUAUGACGCUAAUGCGUACAACUAUCGCACAGGCAUUAUCGAUCGGUGCGUACGUUCGCGCUGGCUUGCCUGCGGUUGUAAGGCACGCACGUUCGCCUUUUACUCGCAACACACAUUCUCCAUGACCUGUGCUGGUUGGGUUAUGUUUAUUCGUGGUGCGUUGACGCAUAAUAACGCCAGAUCACUGCUAUAA